GAAGAAUAAGCCCGCGGCGGUGGCCCGGAGCCCGCGGCGCCGGUUCACCACGCUGAUCCUGUGUCUGGCCUUCUUGGGGCUGGGAACAACCACUGCUAUACUGGGACCCACGUUUCAAGAUCUGGCCACUAACGUGAACCGCAAUAUCAGCAGUCUUUCUGAAAUAUUUGUGGGUCGUGCUUUUGGAUAUUUGUGUGGCUCUAUGAUUGGAGGAGUUCUUUUGGACUGUAUGAAUCAGUUUUUACUUUUGGGGCUUUCCAUGCUAGCGACUACAGUUGGUCUUUAUCUCACUCCCUUUUGCAAGCAAGCAGUACUGCUGAUUGUCAUGAUGUCUGUCUUCGGGGUUUCAUUUGGUGCUCUGGAUACAGGUGGGAACGUGCUCAUCUUGGCUCUUUGGGGGGACAAGAGCCCCCCCCACAUGCAGGCCUUACACUUCAGUUUUGCCCUGGGCGCCUUCCUGGCUCCCCUGCUGGCUAAACUGGCGCUGGGCCCCACAGUGUCUGCUGACAACCACACAGAGCCCGACUUUCUCCCUGCAGCCCUCAAUGCCUCUUCUGAAGCCGCCUCAGACCCUCUACUCGCAGCUCCCCAUGACAUGAACUUACUGUGGGCUUAUGCUUCCAUAGGCACUUACAUUCUCGUAGUUUCUCUCCUUUUCUUUGCUCUGUUCUUCAUGAGAAGCUCAAGGCAGGGAAAAUCAACAGCCUCUGCUCAGCAAUCUCAAAGAGCUCAAUACCACAAGGCCCUUCUCUGUCUGCUUUUUCUGUUCUUCUUCUUCUACGUGGGGGCUGAGGUGACAUAUGGCUCUUACCUUUUCUCCUUUGCCACCACCCAUGUUGGCCUGGACGAGAGAGAAGCAGCUGGCUUGAACUCCAUCUUCUGGGGGACCUUCGCAGCCUGCAGGGGCCUGGCAAUCCUCUUUGCCGCGUGUUUACGCCCUGCCACCAUGAUUGUGUUGAGCAACAUUGGCAGCCUGGCCUCCUGUUUGUUUCUGGUGCUUUUUGACAGGAGCCCCCUUUGUCUCUGGAUAGCAACCUCCGUGUAUGGGGCCUCCAUGGCCACCACGUUUCCCAGUGGUGUUUCUUGGAUUGAGCAGUACACCACCAUCAGUGGCAAAUCUGCUGCAUUUUUUGUGAUUGGUGGUACUCUGGGAGAAAUGGCUAUUCCUGCAGUAAUUGGAAUUCUUCAAAGGCAAUACCCAGAUUUACCAGUAGUUCUGUACAUCUGUUUGGGGUCAGCAAUAUGCACUGCUAUUAUAUUUCCUGUGAUGUAUAAACUAGCUACCUUGCCUUUGAACCACCACAGAAAAAGAAACAGAAAGAACGAAGACCAGAAAGCAUUGCCGUCUAGUUUUGGGUUAUAAAGGAACAAGCUGAGGGCCCAGUGGCUCAGGCCUCCAUCCAAGAGUAGCUACAGUCCUAGUUACUCAGAAAAUUGUGAUCCAGGAUCACAGUUCAAAGCCAGGCCUGGCAGAAAAGUCCAGAGUUGUACAUGAACCAUCAUUGUGCACAAACCACAAUCUCUUGUCAUGAGUCUCCCUUGGCAUGUGGCUGGUUAGGUAUUCUUGCAUUGUAUCCAGCAUUAAGAGCAUUGGAUGAAGGCAUUUGUGGUUGAGAACUGGUGGUGCUAGAGAGGAGUGGAGUUGGAUUUUCUAAGUAAAUGAUUUGGCAUCCUUGUUCUGCCUGAGAACUGGGGAGAACAGUUUCAUGAAAGAGUGUCCUAGUAAGGGACAGAUUAUUUUUUAACUCAACACAGAGUUAGACUAAGGCAUAAGGGCUAAUACUAAGGGCUCAUUUUAAAAUUUUUCUAUAAGAAUACUUAAGAGGGCCUAAAAGACCUGUCUUGAAGAUGUGACUCUGCCAUGUAGGGCUACACUGCAGACCUUAUUCUACAGUAAUUUGUCUAAUUUUUACUGAUCUGUGAUCCUAGAAAUCAAAAUGAGUUGAUUCGCAAGUAGAAAGCCUAAAGUUUUAAAGUUUGUGUAAGAUGUCUGUUACAGCAGCCUCUUCUUUUCAAAUGGAAAUGUAACUAAAAUGAUCAUCGUCUUUUAGAUGAUGGUGCUGAUAGUGAAUGCAUGUCAAAUUAAUCUGCAUAAUGUUUAAUUCAUUCUCACAAAUGAUUGUCUGAAAAA